UUGACAGAACUUUGCUGCAACACUGGCCGCGUAUAAAGGUGCCGCUAUAUCGGAAGAAGUUCUAUUGCCUGUCGAACGCGCUGCACGGCAUUCUGAUAUUGAAUGCUUAUCGGUUAACUCUUUGCGCUAACGUUGCGUUUGGGCAGAGAUCGUCGCGAGUUGUCAAAAAUAUGUAAAUCAGCUUAGCUUCUUCGUUAUUUUCAGGGAUUUGCUUUUCGUUCUUCUUCUUUUCUUUAUAAGGUGUUCUUCUUCCGCAGGAUUGUGUGACUUCAGCUGCACCUUACAAAUCUGCAGUUUUACCAAUAUUACGCUUGCGCUGAAAGUGUUAUCGAGGAUCUGUUAGACCGGUUCUGUUAGUAUCCGUUUGUCCGAAUGGCGUUCACAGAUUCGAUUGUAUCGGCAUCUGGUGGACAACGUGAUCCUGCCGCGGGGAUCAACAGCUGCAUCCAAGAGACGCUAUUCAGCGGAGAUAUGAGCGACGUGAGCUUCGCUGUUGGCGGCGGUGAAUUUGGUAAUGUGAAGUUCUUCCCAGCUCACAAAUACAUUGUCAGUAUUCGCAGCACUGAGUUCUAUACGAUGUUUUACGGCAGCGUACCGGAAAAAGGUCCGCAAGUGGACAUUACCGAUUGCACUCCCGAUGCGUUUGAGAACAUGCUCAGAUACAUGUACACCGAUACCGUGGAUAAAGAUAAAUUCACAAUGGACAACGUAUUCCCUACACUGCGCUGUGCAGAUAAGUACGAUCUGCCGCAACUGGCCGUCAUGUGCUUGGGCUUUGUGACUACCCAGUUGAAUGCUGAUAACGCUUUGGACACGUUACAGCGGGCCAUCCAGUGGUGCGCUGAGGAUAUUGUGGAGACGUGCCUGCAGCUAGUGGACUUGCAGAGCGACGUCAUUCUAAACUCAGAGCAGUUCACGACUAUCGCACAGGACACGCUGAAGAUGAUCCUGCAGCGCGGCACCAUAUCCGCGGAAGAGUACGCCAUCUACUUGGCGGUUGAAAGUGGAGGCUUGUAACCGGGAAACUCUGGAACCAACUGCUGGUAACCGUCGGCAGAUGCUUGGCGACGCGUUGUUCCUUGUCCGCUAUCCGCUACUGAGUGGCAUACAACUGGCCGAAGGUCCCGUCAAGGUUCGGCCUCUCUUAAUACAAUUGCAUGCUUUUCUCGUUUCAAAAACUUCAUAAAUCUAAGAGCCAUACGCGUUUUCCCAUCUUUUUGGUCCAUACUGCUGGGAAAGGCCACCAACCAGCGAAAGGAGAAGACAAAAUUAGAACAAAAUAAGUUAUAAAUUAAUAUGCUUGAAAAAAAUUAUAAUAAACAGCGUUGAAUGCAGCUGCUGGACUUCCGGCAGCUGUCGUUGUUCUACAAGGUCAGCUGGUGCCGAUGAGCGUAAUUCGUUUGUGAAAUUAAAUAUCGAAAGCGUUUUGUAACGGAUUUUGUAAGCGUUUGCAGAGUGGGCUGCUGUUGGAAAGCGAACUGCUGAGAAGUCUCCUGCACCAGAACGGCGCCGUGAAGAUCCUUCUUCCAUUUUCCGCGGAGUGGCGCGGAAGCGCGGGAUUCUGCAUCGGCCAGCUGCAGCUGAAGCCCGGCAACGAGGUGUUCGCGCUGAGCCCAGCGGGCGGCUGGUGGCAGCCGGCCAAGAUUGUCGGGAUGAGACACGGGCGGAUUGUGCUGGCAUGGUGUGCCAGCAACGAAGAGAGUAGUGUAGCGGCCGGGAAUGUGGUGCGAGCGGCAGAUGUCCUAAAGUACGGUCGGUCAGUCUAUUGUAUGACGAGGGAAGGGUCCAGCCUCGGCGUUUAUAUGGACUUUAAGUCAAGUUCUACGCGGCCCCAUCACAUCCGCUUCGGCUUUCCUGACGUAUCUAUCUCGUCCCAGCAUUUCUUCUCUGAGCUCCUGUUGCACGAAAGUCAAGUUUCAGCUUGGAAAAAAAUUAAAAAAAUAGUUUAAAUUAAAGAGGAUGUCAAGUUUUAAUUCUGAACAGCUCGCUGCUUAUCUGCAAAGCUCAUAUCUUCGCCGCAGACGACUGCAUAAACAGAUAGAACGUCCGGUAUUGAACAUCUGUUUGCCCGCGCACGAAAGGGGCUGUCAAAUGUCAUUGCUGCCGAGUACUAAUGUAACUAAAUUAUUUUAAUUUAAUUUCGAUAUUUCUCCGCAGCCUUAUGGUUAGUAUCCGAUCCCCUGGAACUUUCAUGUAUGUACACGGACAGCCAGACACUAAAAUCUUCAAAAUUUACGUGAGCACAUAUAAUUCUGAUAUGCCACCACUACUGUGUAACACGGUAGUGGGGGCACAUAACUGCAGCAGCGAAGUUGAAGCAGUUUCUUCAGGUUCACAGCGUGUUCUUGAAAUUCUGAACUAAAUUUUA